AAUGCCUAUUACAUAAAUAAAAUCUAUUGAAAUCCAACAUUUUUUGAUUACCUAAAACGUGAAAAAAAUAAUCAUUAUGAUCAAAUCAUUUCUAGCCACUGUCAACUAUCACAGCCAGUUAAAGAAAAUUAUGUACUUGAACAAAUAGUUAGUAAUUUCGAAUAUAUUUCAUUUCUCAAUGAUUUUUAUAUCAUACAAGCAUAGUUUCUUCAUAUAUCACCGAUAAUAUAUAGAUAUAAUAUAGAUUAUAUAGACACAUAGUAUAGACAUUUUUUUUCAUAUAUAGACUUCAAUAUAACCAAUAUUCGCUAUUAUCGUUAUCUGCAUGACAAAACAAUAGUACACUAUAUACACUAUAUACACAUCCUAUAUAUAUACAUCCACAUAAAGAAACGUGAAAAACGUGCAUUACGACACAUCACUGUGAAAUUUUGUAAAUAAUUUGAAAAAUAAAGUCAAUCAUCUAUUGUAUUGUAUGAGGGGAAAAAAUUGUUAGAAAUGAAAUUUUUUUAAAAUAUAUUUUAAACUUAUUAAGACCAGUACAAGAGAGCUAGUUGGUUAAUUGAUUUAAAUAAGUAUUAAUAUUAAUAUUUAUAAAAUUUAAUAUUAAUAAUCAAAUCUAAUAUUAAUAAUCAAAUAGAUAAUAUUUUUUAACCGAAUUAUCAAUUUUAUUUGAAACAUUUUAAGUAUUAUUAUAUUAUAUCAUUUGGCUAAUUGACAAUGCAAUAAUUGAUAAUCAUAGUGAACUAAUUGUAUUAAUAAAGUUUGUGAAGGCAACAUUCAAUAUGUUACAUCUAUACAUAUAGAUAAAAUUUGUAUUGUUCCGAAAUUUUUUUAUUAAUAUUUUGAAAUCUAAUAAACUGUUUCUUCAUUUUCUUUAAUUGUGAAGUUUUUUAAAAGAAUAUUCAAAUUUUAAAUUUAAAAAAUUUAUUCCUAUAAAUUUCAGUAAAAGUAUGUUUUUCGGAAAUAUAGCCAAUAUCACGAACAAUUACACAUUCAAACAAGCAAUACUUGGUGAUCUGCUUCAUGAUACAAAGAAAAUUUUAUAUGCAUAAUGAAUAAUUUAAAUAAUUUCAACAUGAAAAAGAACAUUUUUCUUAUGUAACUUUUUAACUAUUUUACUAUUUUAAUUCAUGAAAUUGUUUUACGGCCUUUUUAGAAUUUAUUUUUGUAUUCUUUAUCAAUUUGAUUUUUUUAGUUGUGUUUGAUUUAGAUAUUAAUAAUAAUCGAUAUUAAUAAAAAUAACUGAUAAAGAGUUUAUUAUUAAGUGUAUUAAAUAAUUUUGAAUUUCAGAUAUCAUCAUUUAACUAAUUAAAACAUUUAAUACUAAUUAAAACAUUUAAAUACUAAUAAUAAAAGAAAAAUAUUUAAAUAUUUCAGCAAAAUAAGUGGCAAGUGCAUUUUUCUUAAACUUCUAAUCCAAUAGCCUUGCAAAUUCCAAAUAAAUAGAAUUUUCUUUUGUGGUUUUAUAAUUAAUUUGGUUGCAUUUUAAAGAAAAUGGCUUUUAUUAGUGUUAUAUUGUUUAAAUAUUUGUUAAAGAAUUCAUUUUUAUAUACUGAGUAAUCUGUUGAUUGCCUUAAUUAUUUUAUUCAGCGAUUUCUUAUUAUCAAGAGAUUUAGAGCUUUGCCAUGCUUUUUUUAAUUUUUCCUUUUUUUUAAUUUGCUUCAUAAUAAAAUCUGAAUAUUUGUUUUGAAUAAAAUAAAUUAUUGUAGAAAUUAAUUGCUUCAACAAUAUGCUGUCUUAGAUUUUACUACUUUUUCAAUUUAGAUUUUAUUACUUUGUCUGUUAUAUUUUGUGUUUAAUUAAUGAAAAGUGAGUUAUAAUACAAUUUAAUUUAUUAAAUUUUCACAAAAAAACUAUUCAAUUUAUAUAUUUACUGUAAAUCUAUUGUAUUACCAUUAUAAUUGAAUGAUCAAACAAAAAAUCAAUAAGGUAAGCUUGAAUAACAAGACAAGAUACUUUUAAUGAAAAGAUACUUUAUUUAGAUUGAUCAAUUGAUCAAAUAAAUUGAUUCACCAAUGCUUAUGUGUUUUAAUUUAUUUAUUCACAUAUUUUUUUAGGAAUAUUCUAUUUUUUGGAUUUGUGAUUUUUAAUCCUUAACAAUAAUUUUUCGCAUUGAAUUCAUUAUUUAUUAGAAAUUUAUUAAUUAUAUUUAUAAAGAAAACAUCAAAAUCUUGUUUAAAUUAUAUAUCACUACUGAUAUUAGAAUAUCAAUAGAACUAUUGCAUUUAUUAAUUGUAAGUAAUCAUGCUUAUAAAUUGAGAAUACAUAACAUUUUAUAUUGAUCUUGAUUAUUUUGAUUAUAUGAUAUUUAUUUUCAUGUAUUUUAUUACUAGGAUAUUACAUUGUCAUAUUUUCUAAUCUUUGAUUAAUUGUUUUUAGUGAAAUGUAUAAUUACAAAUUUUUUAACUCAUAAAAAUUUCUUGUUUAUGCUUAUAUUGCAUAAUCAUAAUUAUAAUCAUAAUUGUAAAUUGUUAAAUAUAAAAGAUAAAACUAUAAAUAAUAUAUAUUUUGAUUAUUUAUAAAAAAUGGACUUCUUAUUUUUAUUAAAAAAAUAAUUUUUUUCAUUUUUGUGCAUAUAAUAAUAAAGGCUAUAAUUAAUAAUAAUAGUAAUUUAUCUUUUCAAUUUUUUUUAACUGAAAAUUUUAUAUAAAUUAUUAAAUAUUAUAAAGUAUUCUGUAAUAUACAUACAAAGUAGUAUUUAAUAUUUUAGAUUACUUAUAAUUUUCAAAAAUAAGUACAUAUAAUAAUAACAAUAAUACUAUUUUAUAUAUUUUAUUUAAUAUAUAUUAAUGUUUGUAAUUCAUUUAAUAACUUUUUAUAAAUUAUCAUUAUUAUUUAUAUUAUUCUCAAUUUUUAAUUUAUGUUUAAUUUAUAUUUUAAUUUCUUUCACUUAAUUUUAUAUAAUUUUGUUUUUUUUAUUUUUAUUAAUUUAUAUGUUAUAAUAAUACAAUUGAUAAAAAGCUAAUGAUAAGUUAAUGAUAAUGAAAAGUUUAAAUUUUUUUAUUUUAAUAUUUCAAUAUAAAUAUUUUAAAUAUAAAUAGAACUCAAUCUAUUCAAAACUUAUAUAUUAUAUUUAUAUAUUUAUAUAUUAUAUAAAUAUAUUUAUAUAUUUAUUUUAUCAUUUUUAAUAUUUGUAUUAUAUUCUAUUUAUUAUAAUUAUUUAUAUAUGAUUAUUAAAAAAAUUAUAUAUAUUUAAAUUAAUUUUUCUAGAAAAAUAUUUUGUUUUUCAAUUUAUCAUAAAAAAUAUAAUAAUAGAACUUACAAUCAAGUUUCUGAUAUAAAAAAACAAUAUUAUUUAUCAAGUUUUACAUCAUGGAUUAUAUCUAAAGUAGAUUGUAUUCUAACAUAUUUGAACAAAUUAUUCAUCAUUAUGUUUUCAAAAGACUUAUAACUGUGGCGCUGUGAUUCGUAUGAAAUUCUUGUUGAAUGUAUAAGUUCGUUUAUUUAAUAGGAACUAUUUGUUUAAAGUUAUUUUUAUCGAAGUUUUUAAGAUUGUUCAAGUAAUCAUUUUUUGUUUCUGAACUGUGAAGGUAACAAGUUAAUUUAUAUAUUAAAUGAUUUGAUACGAAAAAUAAAAUGAAAAUGCUUAUGAAAGUGUCGCAAAGUUCCUUGACAGUUGCUUUCACGAAAAGUGCAAUACAAAAAAAGACGUUUCCUUUUCUCAAAAAAUGUGAUUUUUCCUCUCAAAAGGUAUCUAAUAAUAAAAUAACAAGAAAAUCAAUUGUUACACCAUUCCCUCCGUUAACCGAACCGAUUCCUAAUUUACCUAAAGCUAUUUAUGCUACUGCUAAAGAAGAACAUCAGGGUACUAAAGUAACAGUUUUGUCGAAUGGAUUAAAAGUUGCUUCUGAAAAUCGAUUUGGUCAAUUUUGUACAAUAGGUGUAUUGCUUGAUUCUGGUCCUCGAUAUGAAAUUGCAUAUCCUAGUGGUAUUUCACAUUUUUUGGAAAAAUUAGCAUUUAGUUCUACCAAAACAUAUAAAAAUAAAGAUCAGAUAAUGCUUGCAUUAGAAAAACAUGGAGGUAUAUGUGAUUGUCAAGCAUCCAGGGAUACAUUUGUUUAUGCAGCAUCAGCAGAACGUCAUGGAUUGGAUACUGUCGUACAAAUUUUAGGAGAUAUUGUUUUAAGACCUCAAAUUACAGAGGAAGAGAUAAAUGCAGCAAGACAGAUGAUACACUUUGAAUUAGAAUCUCUACUUACCAGACCAGAACAAGAGCCAAUACUUAUGGAUAUGAUUCAUGCAGCUGCAUAUAGAAGCAAUACUCUUGGAUUUCCAAAAAUUUGUCCAAAAGAAAAUAUUGAUCUUAUAGAUAGAAAAAUAUUAUUUGAUUAUUUAAAACGCCAUUAUUUACCACAUAGAAUGGUAGUAGCUGGAGUAGGUAUAGAACAUGAGGAUCUUGUUUCAGCAGUUCAAAAAUAUUUCGUCAAUGAAAAAUCAGUUUGGGAAGAAGAAAGAAUAGAAGAAAAUUUAAUAUCUGUAAGAAAAUCUUUAAAUAGAGUUGACGCUUCAAUUGCUCAAUAUACAGGAGGUUACAUACUAGAAGAAUGUAAUGUACCUGUAUAUGCAGGGCCUAGUGGUUUACCAGAAUUAUCACAUGUAGUAAUAGGUUUAGAAGGUUGUUCUCAUCAAGAUUCAGAUUUUGUAGCAAUGUGUGUUUUAAAUAUGAUGAUGGGUGGUGGUAAUAGCUUCAGUGCUGGAGGUCCAGGAAAGGGAAUGUAUACUCGGUUAUACACAAAUGUACUUAACCGAUAUCACUGGUUAUAUAGUGCAACUGCAUAUAAUCAUGCAUAUGCUGAUUCAGGUCUUUUUUAUAUUCAUGCAUCUUGUAUACCAUCUCAUGUCAGAGAUAUGGUAGAAGUAAUUGUGCACGAAAUGGUUACUAUGACAAAUAAUAUUGUAGACAGCGAAUUAGCGAGAGCAAAGAAGCAACUACAAUCUAUGUUACUUAUGAAUUUAGAACAAAGACCUAUUGUAUUUGAAGAUAUUGGAAGACAGGUUUUAGCCACUGGUUCUAGAAAACGGCCAGAAUACUUUAUACAAGCAAUUGAUGAGAUAUCAAAAGACGAUAUAAAAAAUGUAGCACGUCGAUUACUUAAAUCACCACCUAGCGUAGCUGCUCGAGGAGAAGUGAGAACUAUUCCUUCAAUUAGAGAUAUUCAAGCUGGAUUAAUUGAUGAGCAAGGCAGAUUACCUGGUUCCCGUAGUAGAUUAUCACUCUUUCGUUGAUUAAAAAAAGUUAUUAAUGUAGAAAAUAUUUUUUUGGCAAAAUUAUUUGCCAUAUAUAAAUUGUUGAUUUAUCUCGAAAUUAAGAUUUUAUAUUCUGAAUAUCACAUGUGAUUAUAAAAGUGUUCUUUAAUUUAUUUACAAUCUAUAUUUCAAUAUAUUUAUUUUAACCUUC